AUGUCUACCACUACCACUAUGACUGCCAUCUCUGCUCAAGCCAAGUCUGCAUCAACUUCUGUCACCAAGGUCGAGAGGAAACUCCCUAAAAUCGACAACGCCGUCACCAAACCUGACAAAGACGUCACCAAUCUCCAAGAAAACCAGAACAACCUCAAGGCGACCAUCGAGUCCCCUAACUUGGUCACCGCAGAAGCCGACCUACGACAAGCGUUAUCCAAGAUCCGCGUGCUCGAGUUCCGCAUCAAGCAAGAGACCGAGGAGAAGUUGCGCUACCAGAAGAAGUUCACCGAAGUCAGCCGCGAGGCCUUGAGGUCCAAGAACGGGAACAAGUCACUCAUCAAGACCGUUGCUGAGCAGAGUCUGGCAAUCGAAAACAUACGUUGCGACGUUCAAGAGUAUAUCGAAGAGUCGACUGCGAGUUACAAGAGGGCUGAAGCAGCAAACGAUGCGCACACCGCAGAGCUUGAAGAGCUCCUCGAAGUCCAGCGUAACGACAAGUACGCCCAGGCAAACAAAACCCAGUGUGUGUCAACUUCGACGCUGUGGAGCAAUUGA